AUAACUUCCGCUUAUCAGUUGUGUAUCAACUUGUAACCUCUUAUGGCGGUUUUCUUCGGUUUUUCUUAAUUUUGGGAUUAAUCCCACUUUCAAACAGAAUUACUCUUAAAAAUCAACUUUAAACCAAAAUUGAGGUUUAAAUCGCCGUUAAGUGUAAAUUUUUUUUAGGUUAAAUGUCAUUUUAAAGUGUCACAAAAUAUGACGUCCAGUGAAGAAACCACAACGCUUUUUACCCCCACGCUGAAACAAUCAACUCGUAAACGUAAAUUAUCAGAAAACAUUGACCCCAACAAUAUUGAAACAUCACAAAUAAGUGCUUCUAGUUUAUUAACAAGUACUUUAAACGACUCGAUUUCAUCGAAAUUCGAAAAUUUGCAACCUUUCCGCCCGGAAUUGUCUCCAUCUCUCGUUGAAUCAAGCCCGGCGAGUUUUUCAAAGUAUAAAAUCCCACCGGGGAGUAGUCCUAAGUUGGGGUCACCGGAACGUUCGAGGAUUUUGUACCCGAAUUUAAAUCCAACGUCGAAAAAGCGUUUGUACGAUUUUAAACGAUCAUCGCCGGCUAAAAAGAAACUAUUUAACGUAAAACGAAGUGGUUUUAAAGAUCCUGUAAAGUUUUUUUGCCACACUGUUAAUUGUGAACAUGUAGUUAAGAAGAUUUUGAAGUGUUUAGAUGAGCGCGAUCUUUAUAAUUGUUCGAGGGUGUCAAAAAUAUGGAAAUCGGCGGUGAUUUUGUUUGAAACGGAAAGAUUUGAGCAUUACAAAAACGAUCGAAUUAUAAAUAAAGAGAAUUAUAACGCAUCACCGAAUUGGUUUAAAAACGUUUCGAAUUUUAACCAAUCGACGCCUAUUUCCUCGAUUAGCGAACGUACAAAUUGUUUAACGAAAGGUCAACAUCUCCAACAUUGCCACAGUUGUGGAAAACCGACCGCAAUUGUACAACAACACAUCAGUCAAUGCUCAAGAAUUGCUUGUGGUUUUAUUAUUUGUUUAAAAUGUAAUAGUUGUUCAUCCACGGGACCUGAAAACUUUAAAGAUGCUUGUAAUAGUGCUAUGUUGGUGGUUGAAAAGCCGCGAAAACGACGUAGUUUGUUGGAUAGUCCAGUUAGGGAUGAGAAUUCAACCCCUUUUUUCUUGCAAAAUAAUAAUUCGAUCAGUACUUUGAGUUCUUCCGGGUACGGAACUGAGCUGGAUUCGUCAAAUUCGCAUUACGUUUCUGGAUCGUUUAAUAAAAAUAGUUCUUAUACGUUAAAAAAUUUUAAUGAGACAAGUUUGAAGAGGAUUAGCAUCGAAAAACGACCAUCGCCUGUUGUUCCCGUUAUACCCGUUGUUAACGUGAAGAAAUUGGAGCCUGAUUAUGAACCCUCAAGUCCCCCAAAGGUUAAAUUGGCUUCAAUUUGUUCUAAGAAAAGUAAAAAGGCGCUUAGAAGACUUUAAAUGUAUUAUUAUUAUGAUUUUUUUUUUAAUUGGUUUAAGUUUACUUUUCUUUUAUUUUUUUAUAAUUAUUAACUCUAGUUUUUAAGUGUUUCUUUAAGUAAGUAGUUGUAAUCGUUUUUUGUAUCUUUUUUACUUACAUCGAGAUGUUUUUCUAAUUUUUUUUUUUCGAAAUGUGAUUUAAAGAACAAAAAUGUGUCUUCAUUUUGGAAAGAAUAUAACAUUCCAGUGAUUUUUAAAAUGGAACUAUAAUAAAAAACGAUUUUUAUAAAA